AUGAUAGAAAACAUCGCCCGCGGCAAUGAAAAGGGAUGGAAGGAGAAAAUCCCUAACGGCAUCGAGAUUAGCAAUAUGUUCGAAAAACAGACCCUAAUGCCGUUAAAGGCCAGCAAGAGCAGCUUUUCUAGCUUCCAAGGAACCCCCGAGGGAUCCGGCGCUAGCCCCGGGUCCUCCGGAUCUUCCGGACCUAGGCCCGCUAGAUCCGGCCCCUCUAGGCCCCUCUGUCUGUGUGGAAAAUGGCAUUUCUAUGCUGACUGUUACUAUUUGAUUAGCUGGAUCAGACCUACUGGAUGGAAGGCCAAGGAAGACAUCAAGAUUAAGGUUAACAAGCAGCUCGAGGAGCCUAAGAUUAAGGAAUAA